AUAUUAAUAAUCAAUAUUGACAAUGGUCUGAUUUUGAUAGAUUCAUUACAAGAAGUGCAGUCUGGAGACUGUUUGGUGUGCUUCAGUAAGCUGAAGAUUUACAAUGUAUGUAUGGAGCUGGAGAGGCUUGGACACAGUGUGGCUGUAAUAUAUGGCAGUCUACCUCCAGCCACUAAGUUAGCCCAGGCACAGAAGUUCAAUGAUCCAAAAGAUCCAUGUAAGGUGCUUGUGGCUACUGAUGCCAUAGGAAUGGGGAUUAACCUGAAAAUCAGAAGAAUGAUUUUCCUCCAAGCUGAAAAGUUGAAUCGAAAUGAACAUGGAGAAUUGAUAAUGUCAAGAAUCAGCACACCACAAGCAAAGCAGAUAGCUGGACGAGCAGGGCGGUAUAGAAGUGGCCAGGAAGUAGGUCUUGUUACAGCAUAUGGGGAGAAGACAAUGGAGCAAAUCAAAACAAUUAUCAAAGAGGAUGUGGAAGAUAUUAAAGCUGCAGGUCUUUUGCCAACAGUAGAACAACUGGAGCAGUUCUAUUUCUACCUCCCUAGCUUUAAGCUUCCAGAUAUUCUGAAUAUUUUUGCUCACAUGACAACAGUGAACAUGGAUAUGUAUUUUCUUUGUGGUAUGCAGAGCUUUAAGGAACUAGCAUGCACAAUUGACCAUAUUGAACUUCCUUUGCGAGUCCGGUAUCAAUUCUGCAUGGCUCCAGUAUCAGUAAAUUCACCAUUACUCAGCACAAUGUUUGCCAAGUUUGCUCGGAGCUACAGCAAUGGGACCCCUAUUGACUGUAAAUGGCUUUUAGUACAGACAGACUACCCAUGGCUACUUCCAAAAACUAUCAAAAGUCUAACAAAACUGGAGGAAGUAUAUGAAAUUUUGGACAUGUACCUCUGGUUAAGCUUUAGGUUUGAGGAAAUAUUCUGUGACAGAGAGAGAGUCCAAGAAGUACAGAGUGAAUUACAAACUGUUAUCAAAGAUGGAGUCGAAAAGUUGGGCGUUUUGCUCUCAAGGAAAAAUGACUAUAAAAAGGGGGCUGCAAUUAAAGGGCCUUACAUGAAGAGAAUUAAAAGGAUAAAGAAAGGAUAAAAGGACAGAUGAAAAGGAGGAUACAGAGAUAAUGAUUCUUAAUGUAGUCAUAAUAGUUCUUCAGAUGAAAAUACUAAUUAUGCACAUAUAUGUAUACAUAUAUAGAGGUAUGCAGACAUGUAGGAACUACAUGAGGAUUAGUGGGCAAAGUCGAAAUUAAUUACUUAUAAUGUUUUAUAUUUUUAGAUCACCUGAGUCACUCAGGUGACCUAUUGCUAACUGUUUUUGUCCAUCAUAAACUCCAUUCUAAACUUCUUCUCAAAAACCAAUGGAAUAAUUUCAAUCAAACUUAACACAAAGUAUCUUGGGUGAAGGGGAUUCAAGUUUGUUCAAAUGAAGGGUACAUGUAGUACCACGUCCAAGAGGAGAUUUAAAAAAAGCAAAAGUAGGGUGGGGUCAUUUAAAACCUUCUCAAGAACCACUAGGCCAGAUGAGAUGAAACAUUAUUUAAAAGCUAUAUAGUUUAUAGACAUAGUUUAUAUGACAUAUUAUAGAUUCAAAUUUAUUCAAAGCAUAGACCCCCGGGGAAGAGGAUCAAAAUUUUACAUGUAAAAGUAUAUGAAGAAAAAUCUUCAUGACCCCUGGUGUUGGGUAGGGCCACAAAGGGCAAUCAAAAUUUUACCAAGGAAUAUAUACAAAGUAAAAUCUUUAAAAAUCUUCUUUUUUAUGAAGAACAGAAAAGCCAUGAUAAUUCAUAUUAAUAUAAUUCAUAUCAACAGGAUAAAUAGGAAAAAUAUUCAAAAUUCUUCUCAAGACAAGCAGAGUCAUGAUAUGAUUUUUAUUUUAUUUUAUUUUUAAUGCAAAAUGCACCCCUUUUUUUUAAUGAUGUCAACAUCAACACACAAUGACAUUUACCUAUCAAUUAAAAAUUUAUUAAGAAACAUUUUGUAAUAAUUUAAUUUUGGUUGUAACGUGUCAUUUGAUUGGAUAAAAAAUUAAUUUAUAUCAUAUUACCUGUGUUGCCUACAUCAUAAUGACUUGCGUCAAAAACAUGUCAAUCUGCUUGCCGUUACAUUUAAAAUAUGUACAAUCUGAAGGCAGUUUUGAAGGGUAGAUUAUCUUAUUUUCUACACUUAAUAAUUGAAAAUUAAAUUAUAAGGAAUAAAUUUAAUAGCUACCCAAGUUGUUGCUACUGGUGUAACCUGGGUUGGAACAGUUUACGCUUUUUUGUAAACUGUCCCAAGUUAUACAGUAUAAAUUGGGUAGCUAUUAAAUUCAUUCCUAAUUAAUCAAUUAAUUAAUAAUUAAUUAAGAAUGGAUGGUUUACAAUAAAGAGACUCGAUGAAGAAUGUCUGGAAUGGUUUACUUAGAAAAGAAAAAAGUCUCAGAAGCAAACUUUGUCAUGUAAAAGGUUAAUGAUUUAUAAAUUAAUAAAAGCUUGAAG